AACGCGCCCGCCCCGCGCGCCACGGGAAGCCGUCCGGGCGCGCUCGCCGCCCCCUCGCGCCGUUCCGCCGGGCAUGCAGCGCCGCGGCGGCCCCAGCGGCCCCGGCCCCGGCCCGGGGCACCCGCCGGGCCCCGCGGGCGACGCGCGGAGCGGGGAGGCGGCCGGCGCGGCUCUGCGGAGCCUGCCGACCGGGCUGGCGCUGGGGCCGUCGGGGGCGCGGGCGCGGGGCAUGGGCGUGUGGUGCGUGGGCCGGGCGCUGCCGGCCGGGGCGCUCCUGGGGCCGCGCGGCGGCGGGGCGCGGGCGGCGGCCGAGGGGCGCGGCUGGAGCAGCCUGGUGCAGCCGAGCGCGAAGGAGGAGGAGGCCAACGUGGCGCUGGUGCGGGCGGGAGGGCGGCUCCACGUCCGCGCCCGGCGGCCCAUCGCGGCGGGCGCCGAGCUGCUCUACUGGCCCGAGGCGGCGGCGGCGGCGGCGGCAGAGGGGAGCAGGCCGCCGGGCCGCUCGCAGGGCACGGCCGUGCCCCGGGAGGCGAAGCCGCGGGGGCCGCUGGCAGCGGAGGCAGAGACGGCAGAGCAGAGGGAAGGGGCCUCUCCCCGCGGGACGGCGGCCGAACCCGGCACAGGGAAUCCUGAUAUCUCGAAGGUGCUAGCAGAUGAAACCACAGUCCUUGAUGUCCCUACUGAGGUUAGGAGGCUGCCAGCCAAACAUCUCCAUAGGCUGCAAGAAGAAGAGGAAAGCAGAAGUCCUCAACAUGAGCUGUGGCAAGCUGAAGUGCUGAGGACUGAGAACCAGCAGCUCAAGACCAUCUCAGCCACUAAAGCCAAUAGCAGGUGCAAGGAAGAACUGGACAAGGGUGUGGAUCCCAGAACCACAGCAGAAAAAGCAGAGAUGGGGCAGAGAGAGGCAUGUCCAGGAGACCUGAACCUGUUGUCGCCUUCAGGUGGGGUUCAGCUCAAUGCUUGCUUGGCUAGCAAGCCGUGCAAGGUGCAUGCUCCGACCAGCCAGCUCCAGAAGUGCCUGCAGGACUGUGGUGGCAGGAGAGCUGGGCAGGAAACCCAGCAGCCCACUCCAUCUGAUGGAGAGAACAUAGAGACUUGCAAGAAAGAGAGCAGAGCUUCCACAGACUCCAAACUGGCAUCCCCAGAGAAUGGGGAGAAGGGCCCACCAGAUGGGCCUGAGGAGAAGGAGUAUGCAAAGCUGGAGGAGGGUCAUUCUGGCAGCCCAGGCCCCCCAGCAGAAGCUCUGUCCCAGAGGGAGAUUGUUGGCAAGCGCAGGUACCACUGUGGGGAAUGUGGCAAAGCUUUCCUGCAGCUCUGCCACCUCAAGAAGCACCGCUUUGUCCACGCUGGCCACAAGCCUUUCCUGUGCACAGAGUGUGGCAAGAGCUAUAGCUCAGAGGAGAGCUUCAAGGCCCAUGUCCUGGCCCAUCAGGGCGUGCGGCCUUUCCAGUGCACCCAAUGCGACAAGGCUUACCGCACAAAACGAGACUUGCAGGAGCACCAGGUCUUGCACACAGGCCAGCGCCCCUUCUCCUGCGAACAAUGUGGCAAGGCCUUCGCGCGCCGGCCCUCCCUCCGCAUUCACAGGAAGAUCCACCUGGCCACUGGGCCUGGCCCAGUGGGUGCCAAAGGCUGCCAGUGUGCCAUCUGCGGACGCCACCUGGCCAACCCCGGCUCCUUGCGCAACCACAUGCGCCUGCACACAGGGGAGCGCCCUUACGCCUGUCCCUACUGCGGCAAGGACUUCCGACAGCAGAGCAACCUGCGUGAGCACCUCCGGCUGCACACAGGUGAGAAACCCUACAAGUGCCGCUUCUGUGGCGAUGCCUUCCCUAAGCUGCCAGAACUGCGGCGCCAUCUCAUCUCCCACACAGGUGAGGCCCACCUAUGCACAGUGUGCGGCAAGGCGCUGCGGGACCCCCACACGCUGCGUGCCCAUGAGCGCUUACACACAGGCGAGCGCCCCUUCCACUGUGAGCAGUGUGGCAAGUCCUAUACCCUGGCCACCAAGCUGCGGCGCCACCAGAAAUCCCACCUGGCCGACAAGCCCCACAAAUGCAAGCUCUGUGGCAUGGGCUACACCCUUCCUCAGAGUCUUGCACGCCAUGUGCUCACCCACAAGGCAGAAAAGGACCCUGAGGAACUGGCUACUGCAGUGGCUUCCCUCAGUGCGGACCUGCCUCAGGCAGCACAGAAAAGGCCUCAGAGGAAGGGCCACCAGGAGGAGGAUAUAGCAGAACCCAGCUUGCUCAUGGUGGAGGUGCCGGGGCCAGCAAAUGAGGCAGAGCUGCUGAUCACAGCCAGUGGUCACUGCAUUGCUACUUACCAGUCCCAAGGCAGCCCAUUGGAUCCUGGGGCACACAGGAGGCCUGCUGGACAUUUGCCAUCAACCAAGGACAUCAUUGAAAUUACCAUCUCCAAGCAUGACGACAAGUGCAUUAUUGUGCAGGAUGAGGGCUCGCCAAGUGACGUGGUCAUCAUCCGGGAGGGGUUGGGCUUUGGAGCAGUGGCGGAGGUGGUGGAGGUCAAGACUGGGAUCUGACUACCACAGCCUGCCCUGGCUGAUCGUAUUCUGUAUGGAAUAUUAAAAUAGGGUAAAGAAACAACAACAAAAACUAGCUGCGUUAUCUCUCUGUGACAACAAGACCCUGUGGCUCAGCCCCAGGCAGAAUUAGUGGGCUUAAAAGUAACUGGCCUUGUAGACCUGGGUCUUUUUGGCAGCUGCCCCUUGUAGGUAUGGGCCUACAUGUGCCACUUGCUGGGACUGGUGCAGGAAGGGCAUUUGCUGAUGAUGGGAAAGACUUUUUAGAGAGGAAAGCCCACAGCUAUAACGAGCAGUGUCCCUGCUCUGCCUUUGCUAGAUUGUCAGAGAAUGACAGUGAAUGUAUGCAGAAGGCAGGGACAAGUCUAAAAGCAGCAGCUCUGGGCAAUUUCUUCCUUUCAAAUUUUUCUGUUCCUGCUUAACUGUUGCUGUUCAACUACUUUUACUUUUCUGGGCCUUUACUCUGAAACUCAGUAGUAUUUCUGAUCCUUUGCAGGUGGUGCUAAAUGCCAGAUGUUGCUGGAAAGCAGCUUCCCGAGUGUUUGCUAGGUGUCUGUGUUGUGGGCUUUUUGAAAAGCAUUUUUCACAAUCAACAGAAGCAAAGCCCUGGCUUAUAGCCAGGGCUGAGUGUUCUUCUCCACUGUCACCUGUUAAGCUUACUGUAGGUUUCCUAGCCUUAUAGUAACCGGAUGGUAUGUCUGAAAACUAAUAUUAAAGGAUAGCUUCAUUUCUCAAAGUAAUAGCAGCAUUGUACAGGGCAAUUUUCAGUGUUUCCAGCUGAGAGAGACAAUUCAUUUCAGUAUGCUCAGAAGAUUCUGCCUUUCCCCUCCACAUUCAAGUUAGGUUUCUUAUUUCUAAUCUGUUUACCCAUGUUCCUUUUCUCACACCCUUGCUUCCUCUCUUCUACUUCUUCCUUGCCACUGCCCCCAAAAGCUAAAAGACAGCACCACCACAACUAAACCCCAGUUUUCCCACCUUUCCAUCUUCAUGACUGAGUGCUCGUUUGCCAACUGAAAUAUACUGAAUGAGAUUGAUCCUUUUUCAGGAGGAACGUGCACAGUUCCAGAUGCCGUGUUAACUCCUUCUUGUAGGAGAAAGUCAACAAUACCAGCCCUAAUCAAGAUCUUACAGUUUUGUUUUGUUUUUUUCCUGCCCCCCCCCCCCCCCACUUACACAAACACUGCUUUCAUUUGCUGCCUUUGAAUUUUAACCAUUCUUGCUCUCUAUCUUUCUGCUGUCCAACAUCUGCAUUUCCCCAGAAGUUUUGUUUAGGUGUCUAACUUCUCUGGGCCCUUUACACCCACUGCUCAUGAGGAGUGAGAAAGGCAUAGUGUCAUCUGAGAUUCGUCAGUAGCACGGUCUCCUUCUGGAGUGCUAUGAACAUAGUAAUAUGACAAUCUGAAUAGCUGCUCUUUUCUGCAUUAAACUUUUUCCAUAAACUUUUAUAACCAGUCAGUAGAUGAGGUGCUAGGGUCAGUUCCACAACAAUGAUUUGAAGUCAAGGUGGCAGGUGAAUUUAGCUGAUAUACCUUUGGUUGUCCGUAUUUUCAGCUACUCUCUUUAAAGUAGGGGAACAGAUGAGCUCAGUCCUUGCACUGAGCACCUGGAGAUGGACCAGUGGGAGCACAGGUGUAUGGCUAGGGGUGGGGGGGUUUUAUCUGAAGCUGAAAUGCUUCCUAUUGCUCUCUUUGGUGCCUGUCCUAACUCUUGCAGUUUUUCAAAUAUUGACACAGCUGCAAAGUGUUCCCACCAGAGCCGGGCUCAUGUGCUGUGUUCCAAGCACGUGCUCCCUGUCACAGCACACCCAGGGCAACGGACGCGUGGAUCAGCUGGCUGAUCAGGGUCUGCCACACCAACUGGGGCCUCACUGGAGAUCCAGCAUGCCUGUAACCCUUAUGCCUUCAGGCAGCAAGCACAAGGGUCAACCAGCUGGUCUGGGUCUGCCGUGCUGGCAGGGCUUCACCAGGAUUUUGGUGUGCUGCUAACCACUGCACUGCUGGGGCAGCUAGUGCACAGGUCUGCUGGCUGGUUGCAGUAUUCCGUGUUCACAGGGCCUCACUGGACAUCUAGCAUGCACAUAAAUGUAAUGAUUACACUUAACCCUCACAUCAUGGCUGGGGUUUGACCUUUAACCAACUCAUAAACUACCUUAAACCUGACCAAGGUGUUUGAAUGAAAAGGCAGCAGCUGGCUGCAAGGGGAGGGGGGCAAUUCCCUGGGUCCAUAAGUCCUCCCUGCUUGGCUGCUCUGUGACAGUUGAGCUGUGAGCAUUCCCAGAUCCUUGGGGACAGAGCCCCUGGGUGAGAGUAUGGGGGAUUCAUCCUUUUGCAAAUGUACCCAAAGUGUUAAAAUUGCUGAUCAAACAAUGUAACUCACUUCAAGAGCAUAUUCAGAAACAUCCCAGCUUUUAAACCAGCAAUGUGUAUUGGUCACAGAGCAGACAAAGGCCCAAGAAAAUAGGCUAAAGCCAAAUCCUCUAUAUGCUGUUCCCUGGCAGUUGGAAAAAAAGGUUACACGAGAAAUAAACAAUUGCAAAAGAAUUUCCUCACUUGAAAAAAAAAAGUCAAUGUAUGUGGGGCAAAGCAUCAAAACUCCCAACUGGGUUGAAAACCAUGCCUUUAGGAGGAAAAAAGGUACAAAUCUUUAUUAUUCUAUGAAAGGAAAAUAACAUCUAUUACUCAUGGGGUAAAUGCAGGAAGAAAAGGAAAGAUAAAAAGUUGCUUACAGGAAUGAUGAGCAGAGACACAAGAGUUAAAUGUUUGAGGGCUGAAAGUCAAAGACCCUGGAGAUGUGAUAGCAGAUGCACACUGUCCUGUUGCAGAGGCUAAUCACAGGAAUGUGAGAAACAAAUAAGAAGCCUAGAUGCACAGCUACAAAACAAGAAAAGGCCUAUCAUGUGAAGAGCCAGCAGUUCUAGUUACGAACACUGUUACAAGAAACCAGAAGUGGCAGGAAACGGUCCCAAGAUGUAGUAAAAAUAUCUGAUUAUACAGCAAAAUCAAUGUAAAGAAAUACUUAAGUUUAAUGAAUAGAUGGAUGUAACUUUGAGUAAUUUUAAGAGAAACAGUUUGAACAGUUACAGUUAAAGCCAAACUAUAACACCCUAACGGCCUUGCUAGGUCUCCUUGUUCUGUUUGACUGGGUGAUCCUCUUAAGAAGAGCAUCUUGAAAGGAAAGAGCCAGACUCAGUGAUAGAAUUGUCAGAUUCAGUAAUGUUUUUCUUAAAUAAAAGUGUUUAAGAAACAGACUGAAUCAUGGAACCAGUAUAAAAGUCACAUAAAAGGAAGAUAGCAUAGACAGUAUUAGAGAAUACUCAUACUAUCUGAUAACCAGUAUUCUAGUGUUUCUGAAAGUGAAUUGUAUAUAAUGCAUGAUCCUAAGUAGGUGCUAAUGUUUUCCGUUUGAAGGAAAGAAAGAGAAGAAGAUAGUAAAAUCUAUGCGUACAUAUAACAACUGCUGAUUUAAGCUAAAGUUUGUCUAUUUAUUCUAGAGAAGACCAAGAGAUGAAGAAAUGAAAAAAAAGUGUCACUGAGUAUAUUGAAAGCUCCUAUGAAGGGAAAACUUGCAUCUUUCAGAACAAAGAUAACUAUUAAUAACAAUCUUUUGUUGAUAUGAUCUUCAAUAGGUAACAAAAAACUAAGGGGAUCCCAUUCCAAUCUUACCGAUACUGAACUAUGUAAAUUAUGCCAUAUACAUAUCUAUGUGGAUUUGAGCAUCACCUUACACAUUUACAAAAGGUGCUGCACAGUGUGGGGAGGGAUGAAUUGCUGGCAAGCUCACAUAAACCCUCCUGUGAGAGGCCUAACUGUAGGCCUAACUACAAGCACCUCCUGCCAAUUACACCACCCUGCUGGGGGACAGCCCCACCUGCUCCAGGAGCCCCUGAGGCCAGUGCGGAGGUGGCCUCUGAGCUGGGAGGUGCGUAUCUGCAAGGCCAACUACCUGCAUUCAUGGGAGGAUUGAGGUUUUGCUGGAUAGUCAGCAUAUUAACCACAGUGACCCCUGUUACAGCGGGUCAACACACUCCAAGGGGUGGAAAAAUCAGAGCCUGAAGGCUACCCAAAAGCACUGGCCAGAUGGAAAGGCCUCACAAAAGUGUUAAGAAAAAAACAUUAACGCUGGAUCUGAAGUACAGUGCCAGAAGUUACAGCAGCUAAAUUAAUUAAUACAUCAGGCUACAGGCUCCAUGUGCAAAGUAUUACCUGUAGAACAGAUGCCCAGGAAUACCUCUGUCUUCCUGUAUGUGCCUCACUGGCCGUCACCACUGACGCUGAAGAACGUCAACACGUGGAAGGGGACUUGGCAACACUGGAAAGCCCUUCUUCGUUGGACAGCAUGGGAAU